AUGACCUUUCAAGUUCUAAGAGGGGACUACGUAGUCAUGUCAGUUUACUUUGACCUGAGCAGAAGAAUGGGUUAUUUCACUAUUCAGACCUACAUUCCCUGCACACUCAUUGUAGUGCUGUCCUGGGUCUCUUUCUGGAUUAACAAGGAUGCAGUUCCCGCCAGAACAUCUCUGGGUAUUACAACUGUCCUGACAAUGACCACCCUCAGUACAAUUGCUCGUAAAUCUCUUCCCAAGGUCUCUUAUGUGACAGCAAUGGAUCUUUUUGUGUCAGUUUGUUUUAUUUUUGUUUUUUCUGCACUGGUGGAGUAUGGGACCCUGCACUACUUUGUCAGCAACAGAAAGCCAAGCAAGGAUAAAGACAAAAAGAAGAAAAACCCACUUCUUCGGAUGUUUUCCUUCAAGGCACCUACAAUUGAUAUCCGUCCAAGAUCAGCUACUAUUCAAAUGAACAAUGCCACCCACCUCCAAGAAAGGGAUGAAGAGUAUGGAUAUGAGUGUCUCGAUGGCAAAGACUGUGCCAGCUUUUUCUGCUGCUUUGAGGAUUGCCGAACAGGGGCAUGGCGACAUGGAAGAAUACACAUCCGCGUUGCCAAAAUGGACUCCUAUGCCCGCAUCUUCUUUCCAACUGCCUUCUGUUUGUUUAACCUGGUGUACUGGGUAUCCUACCUUUACCUUUAAAAUCAGAAAGGAAAUAGGUGAUAUGAGCCUUACUCACUGAAUUUCUUAUAGAGAUGGUUUCCUUUUGAAGUCCACUUAAGGUAUUUAUGACACGCUUUAUAGUGGUCUGAAUUCUCUAGUGCCAUAACCCAGUAAAUAUCAACCAUAUCAUAUUGUUCAUCUAAAACUAUCAUAUAAUUAUUGUGAUUUAAAGGAUUCCGUUCAAUAUGUUUAAGUGAUUUGAAACAAAAAAUAAAACAGGUAACAUGCAGCUCUACCAGCUGGAAUAGAAACAAACAGAGCAGUGUUGGGGAAAAGGGAGGGAAACAUGCCAACUUUCAGUAAUGAUUGGAUAUUGUCAUUUCAAUCAUGAGUGACUGAGGCUAGAAUUUCAAGGUAAAGUAUUGUACAGUUUGUUAGCAUCUACUAUAAAUAUGCUAUAUCUUGGUCCUCUGUGGGCUUUUCUUUUUGGAAGAGUCAUCUUUCACCUUUCACUUUAAAUAAAUGUUACUAGGCUAGCAAAGUAACUUUCCCUCUCAAAUAAAAAUAGACAUUUCACUAUGCCAUCCUUUUAAGAACACAUGUACAAUGCUGUAAAUAUUUCAAUACCUUGUAGUACUUAAAGUCUCUAGUGCAUGCAUCUCUUUUGGCCAAAAUAAAUGAAGCAAAGGAACCAUAACGUAUUGUCUUUUAUUUUGUGUCUCUGGCUGUGCUACUGUAACUGAAAUGUGGAUAUUUUUUUUUUUCCUUCUGGAAGAUUUGCCCCUCUCCCUCAUGCACGGAAGAUUCAAGCAGACAACAAAACUUUCAUGUAAGACUUUAGGGAAGCCUUAAGGACUGAAACAACUAACAUGUAGACAGAACAAUCUGUAUGACCAAUCGAAUACUUAGUUUAUAAAGUAACUGUAUGUGUUUGCUGCUGUUUUAGCCCUCAUUUUCCAAUGAUAAAAUUGUUACAUCUCAGCUGAAUUUACAAUUAUUAUACAUUGCAAGAUCAUCUGUGGUCUUUUAAUUUUUAGUGAAUCUUUUCCCAUAUUGAGCCUGUACUUCGAUUCUUUUUCUCACAUAGGGUAUUUUGGGGAGAUAGAUUGUAAGCCUCUUGGAGCAAAAACCAUCUUUUUGUUGUGUGUUUGCACAGCACCUAACACACUAGAGUCCUGGCCCAUGAGUAGAGCAUCUAAGUGCUACAGUAAUAUAAAUACACUAAUAAAUAAAUAAUAUUAAUAAUACACAAUCAAUUUGAAUUAAUCAGAAGGAUUAGAAACAGCUUUGAUUCUUAGCAACCACAACAAAUAUUUAUUUUUUAGGCAAAGUUCAGGUUCAUUUUGGUUCAUUAUACUUUGCACUAUGUGCACACCUAUCAUUCACCACCCAUUCAUGUUUUUGAACAGCAGUAUUAGUCAGUGCUGCUUUUUGCUCUGUGCGUACCUUUCCAAAAAUACAGACUCUAACCCUGGCUAGCACACACUUUACAGGUAACCUUGAAACAAUGAAAGGAAAUGAAGAGUGUCUUUGUUAAUAAAUCAUAUGUGCAUAGCUUAUGUGUAUUAAAACCUAUUUAGCCCACCUGGGUGAAUCUUGAAACUCAUUUAGCCAGUGGUUUUCAGAACCUGUAUGAUGCUCAAUUAUGCAAUGUUAAGCAUAUGUAUAUAUUACUGACAUUUUUUUUUAUUGUCAAAGAUGUAAAAUGUCAGCUCUAGAAAAAUGGGUUUGGAGUUUGCAAUGAGAGAUGUAUAUGUAUGUUAUUACACAAUUACUAAUAGACUGUAUGGAGACAUAAGGACAGUUUUCCACUGUUUGUAUAGUUUUGGAAAUAAACAUUUAUAGAAAGGUAUAACUAAUUCUUGAUCAUCAAUUGUUCCUUGUCCAAUGUAUUUGACAACCUUUUAAUAAAGGAACUGCACACACUAGUGGACUUUUUCAAUAAAA